AUGGCUGCCGUGGCGAAGAACAUCAGUCCUCGAUAUUUACGACAAUUUGCCGUGGUAAGAGGUUAAGCCGAUAGUAAAGUUACUUUGGCAAGACAAUAUUAUGUUGUAAUUUAUUCUCCUGUGGUUUUCAUCGUUUGUAAACGCAAUGUACUUUUAUUUUUACAUGCCGCACAUAGAGUAUAUUAGUAGAAUUCAUAUUAGGCUACCGUCAGUAGUGAUGAAUACCAAGUUACUUCUAUCUAAUUACGUUUUGUUAUUUUUCAGCGGAUUCCAACAGCAAUGUGGAGGUUGACAUCCAGCAGCUCAGCAUCUGAUGACGGCGAUUCCGUCAACACGGCCAGUUCUAGUUCACCAACAGGUGUGAAAAUUCUUUAACACAAGAAAGUAACUUGGUUUACUAAUUUCUUUCGUCCAGUCUAGCUGUGGCUGGUAUAGUAGCCAGGUGAUUGACUGUUCGUCUGCCAGUCUGUUUUUCUGUCUGUUUAUCUGACCACCCUAGUGGGACUGACUGAAUCACUCUCUGACUGUCCCUCUUACCAAUUGUCUAUUAACUAGCUUACCAGCUGACAGACUGUAUGAGUGACUGGCUCACAGAUGGACUUAUUAGUUAAUGAAUUAACUGAUUUGAUUGAUUGACCAACUGAAUGACUGAGCAAUUAACUCAUUAAUUUACUGACCGACUGACUGAUGAAGCUAUCGAAUCCUAGAUUGAUUAACUAACUGACUGAGAGAUUUAUUUAUUGAUUGACUGACUGACUGACUGAGCAAUGAACUCAUUGAUUAGUGGACUUACUGACUGACUGAGAGACCAACUCAUUUACUUUUUACUAACUGACUUGCAGACUGACUGAUUGAUUGCCUCUCAGACUGACUGUUAGACUGUGUGACUGCCUGAUCCAGUGAAAGACUGCUUGACUUCCUGACAAACUAACUGACUGACUGACUUUCUGACAGACCAACUGAGUGAAUGGCUGACUUACUAACUGACUGAAAGACAGAAAGCUAAUUUAUUGAUUGAUUGCUCAAAUAAUUAACACACUCACCAGCCGACUGACUGGCUGACUGACAUACCUAUUGGCUGAAUGACUGAUUUUAUGAUUUAACCAGACUUUCAUAUUUUUUAGUCUAUUGUUUUAGGGAAUAAUUUCUAUAUAACAAUCCUUUUGUUGGCAGAAAACAAAGAAGAGGUCAGUGACAUAAGCACAUACAAAGUGAAGGACUACUAUUCAUACAAUGAAUACUCUUUCUAUGAUUUGGAGAAUGUCAUUGAUGCUACUGGAAAGAGGCAAAUCCAGCCAAAUCCUACAGAGAAGUACGCUCACACUGACCCUUGGACGACAUAG